ACUGGGAAAACGAACAGUUGACAACAUUGACAUUUGACAAAUGUGCCGAUUCCAAACAUGACGGAGCAAUUUAUGCUUUCAUGAGAUUUUUAACAAAAAGUUGUAAGAUAGUGAGGUUACUUUAUAUUUUUGGUCAGUUGUAAGCGGUCGUUUUAUUAGUUUAUACGCCCAAUACAACGAAUUUGCAAAAAAGUUGUGCUAUUCAUACGAAUCUGCCAAUAAAGGUCCAAAAUGAGCGAAACAAAAGCCGAGCCAGUCAAGGUGGAAGUAAAGGCAAAUGGUAAAAAUGAUGACAAAAACAAAAAUGAAUUGUCUGAUGAAGACAAACAACUGCAAGAAGAACUAAACUUGUGUGUUGAAAAACUACUGGAAAACGAUACCAAACUUUACUUACCAGCUCUGCAAGCUUUGGCAAAUCACAUUCGAGCUUCUACUACUUCAAUGACUUCAGUUCCCAAACCUUUGAAAUUCAUGAAGCCUCAUUAUGAUACCAUGAAACAAAUUCAUGAAAAAAUUACUGAUGCCCCUGUCAAAAAAGUUUGUGCCGAUAUUAUUUCUGUAUUGGCUAUGACUAUGGGAGAAGGCAGAGACUGUCUUAAGUAUAGAUUGCUGUCUGAUUUAGACAAAAUUGGAGAAUGGGGACAUGAAUAUGUUAGGCAUUUGGCUGGGGAAAUUGCAGGAGAAUGGGCAGAAACUGAUUUUAUAAUAAACACUGAAGUUAGAGAUAAGCUUAUUUUGUUAACUAAGCAAAUUGUACCCUACAAUAUGGCUCAUAAUGCAGAGGCAGAAGCUUGUGAUCUUUUGAUGGAGAUUGAGAGACUUGAUUUACUUGAACAAUAUGUUGAUGAAAAUAUAUAUUCUAGAGUUUGCUUAUAUCUUACAAGUUGUGUACCUUAUGUAGCAGAUCCAGAAAACACUACUUUACUUCAGACUGCACUAAUGUUAUUCAGAAAAUUUAAACAGCAUCCUCAAGCUCUUAGAUUAGCCAUGCAACUAAAUGAUCACAGUCUUAUAGAAGAAAUAUUUGUGAAUUGUCCAGACACUGAUAUUCAAAAGCAGUUGGCAUUCAUGUUAGGGAGGCAACAAAUUUAUAUUGAAAUUCCAGAAAGCACUCCAGAAUAUGAAGACCUCAUAGAAAUAAUGGCCAACUGUCAUCUGAACAACCACUUCCUAAAUCUCGCCCGUGAAUUGGAUAUCAUGGAUCCAAAAACUCCUGAAGAUGUGUACAAGUCACAUUUAGAAAACAGCCGUCCCCCAUUUGGGGGUAGUCAAGUUGACUCUGCCAGACAAAACUUAGCUGCAAGCUUUGUAAAUGGUUUUGUGAAUGCUGCUUUUGGCCAGGAUAAGCUCUUGAUGGAAGAUGGUAAUAAAUGGUUGUACAAAAACAAAGAACAUGGAAUGCUCAGCGCAACUGCUUCAUUGGGAUUGGUAUUACUGUGGGAUGUAGAUGGUGGUCUUACCCCCAUUGAUAAAUAUUUGUACUCUUCUGAAGAUCACAUCAAAUCUGGAGCUCUGUUAGCAUGUGGUAUUGUAAAUUGUGGUGUUAGGAAUGAAUGUGACCCAGCACUAGCUCUGUUGAGUGAUUAUGUGCUACAUAAUACAAACAUCAUGAGGAUAGGCGCUAUAGUAGGACUGGGAUUGGCUUAUGUAGGUUCCAAUAGAGAAGCAGUUUUAAGCUUGCUAACUCCAGUCUUCUCUGAUCCUAAAUCCAACAUGGAAGUCAUUGGAAUGUCUGCUCUGGCAUGUGGAAUGAUAGCAGUCGGUUCUGGAAAUCCUCAAGUUACCACUACCAUUAUGCAAACUUUAAUGGAAAAGUCUGAAUCUGAAUUAAAAGACACAUAUGCCAGAUUUUUACCCCUAGGACUUGGUUUAUGCCACUUGGGUAAACAAGAAGGCAUUGAUACCAUAAUUGCAGCUCUGGAAGUUAUCCCAGAGCCAUUUAAGUCCAUGGCAACCACAAUGGUUGAUAUUUGUGCUUAUGCUGGUACUGGUAAUGUACUAAAAGUGCAACAUCUACUCCAUAUUUGCUCUGAACACUAUGAUGGAGCUGACAGCUCAGACAAGAGUUCAAAAGAUAAGGAUAAAAAAGAAAUUACUGAAAAAGAAAAAGAUCUCUCUUCAAGACAAGCUGUAGCUGUUCUUGGUAUAGCUCUAAUCAGUAUGGGUGAAGAUAUAGGUAGUGAGAUGGCUUUCCGCACCUUUGGACAUCUACUUCGGUACUGUGAACCAGUAAUACGUCGUGCAGUACCUCUGGCUCUAGGUCUCAUUUCAGUAUCAAAUCCUAAAUUGAGCAUUCUGGACACCUUGAGUAAGUUUUCUCACGAUAGCGAUGCUGAAGUAGCUCAUAACGCUAUUUUCGCCAUGGGAUUAGUUGGAGCUGGUACUAAUAAUGCUAGAUUAGCUGCAAUGUUGAGGCAGCUGGCACAGUACCAUGCUAAGGAUCCUAAUAACUUGUUUAUGGUACGCAUCGCACAAGGUCUUACACAUUUAGGUAAAGGUACAUUAACUUUAAGUCCUUACCACAGUGAUAGGCAGCUGAUGAGUCCAGUGGCUGUUGCUGGCUUAAUGGCUACUCUUAUUGGAUUUUUAGAUGUAAAAAAUAUAAUUUUGGGAAGAUCCCAUUAUCUUUUAUAUACAUUAGCAGCUGCCAUGCAACCCAGAAUGCUUGUAACAUUUGAUGAAGACUUGAACCCUUUGCCAGUACCUGUAAGAGUGGGUUUGGCUGUGGAUGUAGUUGGACAAGCAGGAAAACCGAAAACAAUUACAGGUUUUCAAACGCAUACAACUCCAGUAUUGUUAGCAUAUGGAGAAAGGGCUGAGCUCGCCACUGAAGAAUAUAUAGCACUUACACCCAUCAUGGAAGGUUUUGUUAUAUUAAGAAAAAACCCUGAUUUUAAUACUUAAUCAUUUGUGCAUAUGUCUAGAAACUAUUUAUUUAAGACUUGAUUUAACUGAAACGUUUUUAUAAGGCA